UAGGCAUGAUUAUAUGUAAACAGAAUUUCAGGGCAAGAAGGUUGUCAGGUCGUCGUUUGCUUUUGGCCAUCUCCCACUCAUCCUUCCUCCAAACGGUGAGCGGUUGGGCGUCAUUCAUCCUUACACCUUUUGCUUUCGCUGCGACGUCGUUUUCAAAUCAACCACAAACCUUCCUUCCUUCCAUUCAAUCAAUUCAACAAACCCUAAACGUUAAUUAGUGAGUUGCUGUAAGCUCCUUGACUGUUUAGCAAAUGGACAAGGGACCACCACCUGCCCUCUUUGUUAAUGAUGGUUCAUUCAUGGAGAAGUUCAAGCAACUCCAGCAAGAGCAGGAGAAGGAGAAGAAUAACAAACUAUCAGAGCCUAAACCUAUUAAAGUUGUUUCAGGAUCUUUGGCUCCUAAAACCUCCAUUAGUAGGGUUAAUGAUACACGGAAAACUUCUCAGGCUGGUUCCAGUGGCAAACUUGCUUUCAGUCUAAAACAAAAGUCAAAGCUGGUUCCACCGCCUGUUAAGUUAGCUGAUGAUGAAGAAGAAGAAACAGAUGCUGGGGAUUUUUCAAAUGCUGUACAGGCAAAACGCCAAAAAGUUGAUCAGGAGGAUGGCACUGCACAGCCAUCAAGACAACUUGAUGUUGCACCCCCAACCCCAAGUGAUCCAAUGGUGAAGAAAGUUGCUGACAAAUUAGCAAGUUUUGUGGCUAAAAAUGGAAGACAAUUUGAGGACGUUACACGCCAAAAGAAUCCUGGGGAUACCCCUUUCAAAUUUUUAUUUGAUCCAAGAUGUUCUGACUAUAAAUAUUAUGAAUAUCAACUUGCUCAAGAGGAAAAGGCCCUUGCACAGUCCAGGGAAUCACAAGCAAAUCAUAAUGUUACAUCCUCGGGAGGUACAGGCAUUUCAUCGUCUAGACCAACAAAUGGCCCUCAGAGAUCAUCUCAGCAGCUUUCAACCUACCAAAUCCCUGCUUCUGCUUUAUAUGAAAGUGCUGAAAUAUCAAGGGCUUCUGGAUUUGUCAGUGCAUGCGGUUGUAUUUCUGUUGCAGAUGAGCCUAGUGGAUCAUCAAAUGCUGAUUCUUUAGCACUAAUGGAGUUCUACAUGAAGAAAGCUGCACAUGAAGAGAAGUUGCGACAACCUAAGCAGUCAAAGGAUGAGAUGCCCCCUCCUGCUUCUCUUCAAGCUUCUAAUAAAAAAGGCCAUCAUAUGGGUGAUUACAUUCCGCAAGAAGAGCUUGAGAAGUUCUUGGCUAGCUGUAAUGAUGCAGCUGCACAGAAAGCUGCAAAGGAGGCUGCAGAGAGGGCAAAAAUCCAGGCUGAUAAUGUGGGCCACAAGCUUUUAUCAAAAAUGGGUUGGAAAGAAGGUGAGGGUCUAGGUGGUUCCAGGAAGGGUAUUGCAGAUCCUAUAAUGGCAGGCAAUGUUAAGAAAGAUAACUUGGGAGUAGGUGCUAUCCAACCUGGGGAGGUUACUCCGGAUGAUGACAUAUAUGAGCAGUACAAAAAGCGGAUGAUGCUUGGCUACCGCCAUAGACCCAAUCCUCUGAACAAUCCUCGGAAGGCUUAUUAUUGAUCAUUGCGGAGAUGGAGGGAACCUCAUGUCAGGUCUGUUAUGGGAAAUUGCAUCCUUACAAGUUAAUGAAGUAAUGCUGUGAUCAUAGGAUUGUAUGAACAUUUUACUCUAUCUAAGCUUUUGUUUGUUUUCUUUUUCUUUUUUCCGCGAGUAAAAAAUGUGUUUUGGUUAGUGUUUGUUUCUAUAGCAAUCGCAGUAAACAAAGAAUAAUGCAAGUUUUUUGAGCU